AUGAUGCGACCACCAAUUAUUCUUCUCAAAGAAGGGACUGAGAAUAAGCAAGGAAAACAACAAAUAAUUUCCAACAUCAAUGCUUGUCAGGUCGUAGCCGACAGUAUUCGCACUACUUUGGGUCCGAGAGGUUUGGAUAAACUGAUCGUCGACAGCAAAGGUAAAACAACGAUUUCCAAUGAUGGCGCGACCAUUCUUAAACUCUUGGAUAUCGUCUUUCCGGCUGCCAAUGUAAUGGUCGACAUUGCGAAAUCCCAAGAUGCUGAAGUGGGCGAUGGAACCACAUCAGUUGUUGUGCUAGCCGCAGAAAUCCUUAAACGGAUGAAGCCUUUUAUUGAGGACGGGGUUCAUCCUCAGUUGCUUAUUCGUGCAAUAACAAAAGCAAGUGAAGAGGCUCUGGAUCAUUUGUCCAAGUUGGCCAUUAAAAUCGAAGGUGAAAAGGAAUUGCGAGAAAUGCUGGUCAAGUGCGCCAUGACCACACUUAGUAGCAAGCUUGUGAGUCAAGAGCGUGAGUUUUUCGCUGAAAUGGUUGUGGAUGCAGUGAAUAUCCUUGACGAAUCCUUACCACUAAAUAUGAUUGGAAUCAAGAAAGUUAGCGGUGGAAAUUUGAAUGAGUCUCGCCUCGUUAGAGGAGUCGCCUUCCAGAAAGCGUUCAGCUAUGCAGGAUUUGAGAUGCAGCCAAAACAUUACAAAGAUCCCCUUGUUGCUCUGCUCAACAUUGAGCUGGAGCUAAAGGCAGAAAAGGACAACGCAGAAAUGCGUCUUACGACGGUCGAGGAUUUCCAGGCUGUAAGUAUUCAGCAGAAAUCUCACCAUGAUCUAGAAAAAAAAACAGUGAAAGAUACUGGA